AUGGGCGAGGGAGGUGGGGGGCUUGGGGGGGAGGUGGGGGGUUUGGGGGGGUGCAACGUGCGGCGCGUGGAGAGGCGUGCGGCGCGUGGAGAGGCGUGCGGCGCGUGGAGAGGCGUGCGGCGCGUGGAGAGGCGUGCGGCGCGUGGAGAGAUGCAGAGUGUGAUGCGCAUCGCUCUCUUUGGAAAAGGCCCGAAGGCUCUCUGGCAUCUUCACACUCGAGUCUCCUGGUCCCUACAGCCUGCCCCGGGCUCCUCACCCUCCUCCUCUUCCUCCUCCGUCCUCUUCCUCCUCCGGCCGCGACAGAAGCCAUUGAGGCCACAGAAGCAGGCGCAGGCCACAGCGGUCUCCUCCUGGUCUCUCUCCUCAGGCCACAGCGAUCUCCUCCUGUUCUCUCUCCUCAGGCCACAGCGGGCUCCUCCUGGUCUUUCUCCUCUGGUCCUUAGCGGUCUCCUCCUGCUCUCUCUCCUCAGGCCACAGCGGUCUCCUCCUGGUCUCUCUCCUCAGGCCACAGCGAUCUCCUCCUGUUCUCUCUCCUCAGGCCACAGCGGGCUCCUCCUGGUCUUUCUCCUCUGGUCCUUAGCGGUCUCCUCCUGCUCUCUCUCCUCAGGCCACAGAAGGCUCCUCCUGGUCUCUAUCCUCGUGGUCUCUCUCCUCAUGUUCUCUCUAUUCAGGCCACAGCGGUCUCCUCCUGGUCUCUCUCCUCAGGCCACAGCGAUCUCCUCCUGUUCUCUCUCCUCAGGCCACAGCGGGCUCCUCCUGGUCUUUCUCCUCUGGUCCUUAGCGGUCUCCUCCUGCUCUCUCUCCUCAGGCCACAGCGGUCUCCUCCUGGUCUCUCUCCUCAGGCCACAGCGAUCUCCUCCUGUUCUCUCUCCUCAGGCCACAGCGGGCUCCUCCUGGUCUUUCUCCUCUGGUCCUCAGCAGUCUCCUCCUGCUCUCUCUCCUCAAGCCACAGCGGUCUCCUCCUGCUCUCUCUCCUCAGGCCACAGCAGUCUCCUCGUAGUCUCUCUCCUCCUGGUCUCUCUCCUCAUAUGA